AUGGCUCGAGCGCUUGACGGAUCGCACGGCGAAUUGGACGGGUUUCUCCUUGCACCUAUCCUAUCGGAGGACGAAUGGGAAGACGACAUCCCCGAGCCACGCUCUGGGCACGAUCACGACACUCGCGGAAGACGAUUGGUAGAUCCCGAGAGACAGGUUGUUGAUAUGCCUUCUUCCCGUUGGAAGACAGCAAAUGAUCUCGAGAACUUGACUGCAAGGCAGCGGCGGGCUCUCCGUAUCGAGUUCAGGCUACGCAUGGUACACCUCGAUGAGAUUCUAUAUCUCAUACGCCAAGGUCUUGUUGAUCAAGCCCAUACCUACCGAAGCGAGAUACGAUCUUCUGCGGCGCAUCCCUCAUACCUGAAGGACAAGAAGGCUCGCAGCAAAGCACGUACGCAGGGAAAGGAGGUGCGCGUACUGGCUCAGAUUUACGCUGUCUCCAGGGAGCGCACGAUGGCAGUAUGUCCCGCAGAUGAGCUGGAGCUCCUCGCAAAGCGCUACAAAGUUUUGACUGGGGACGACAUUCGGUGCGAUACUGCCACCUACGCGCCCACAAGUUCCGAUCGCUUCGAAUUGCCCUGGAUAUGGAAGAUGAACAGAAGAGCCGAUGAGACCGAUGACGAGUAUCUUUCAAAGUGUGAGUCCAGGCUGUACCUUUAUCUGGGUAUCGAAGAGAUGGUUGAACGGUCGAUAGUCUUCCGUACUCGUUGGAUCGAGGCGAAGUCUACACUUCAGCGUUGCAAGGAGGAGAUUAUCAUUCUAGAGGCAGAGAUGAUCCGAUGCAUACUGGGCUGUCGCUAUCGGGCAGCGACUUGGGGUAGCAGAGCAUCGUGCGCUCGGGAUCUCUCGCCGGGUCACCAGGCCUUCGCUCAGAAGCGACGGUAUGUCUGGAAAGAUCUUGGGGCUCGCGCGGUCGAAAUUUUUGCGCAGUUUGGCGUGGGAUUGCCGUAA